AUGGCGAAGAUAUGGCAAAUUAAUAACUUCAUUUGUAUCAAAAUCUUUAAUAAAUUUGAUUGCUUAAAGAAAUAAGUAACUUUUAAUGGUGAAUAUAAUGCAAAAGGUAUGAAGUUAGGUGGCUGGGAAAUUAGUUAUAACAAAUAUGGAAAGGAAAAUAUAACUAUAUGUAAAUUUUACUCAAGUAUAAGUUAUAAAAUAUUAUUAGAGGUGGAUUGUAUCGUUAUGAGGAAGGUUAGGUAAAGAUUGGAAAUUUGGUAGAGUUAGAUGAAGGGUUUAAUGAUGACUGGUAAAAUAUAAAAAAUAUUAAAGAAUCUGAUCUUAUAACGUUCAUUCUAAGUUUAUUAGCAAUUAAUUGAAUUUAUUCAACUAUUGAUUUAAGAAAUAUAUUGA